CUUCCGCGCCCGGCCGCGGGGCCGCCCCUGCCUCCUCCCGGGCGGGUGCUCCUUCCCGGACGGCUCUGGAAGCCCUGGCGGCGGCGGCCCAUGGGGCCCUUGGCGCUGCCCGCCUGGCUGCAGCCCAGGUAUAGGAAGAAUGCCUAUCUUUUCAUCUAUUACUUAAUCCAGUUCUGUGGCCACUCUUGGAUAUUUACAAAUAUGACAGUCAGAUUUUUUUCAUUUGGAAAAGAUUCAAUGGUUGACACUUUUUAUGCUAUUGGAUUUGUGAUGCGACUUUGCCAAUCCAUUUCUCUCCUGGAAUUGCUGCACAUAUAUGUUGGCAUUGAGUAUAACCAUCUUCUCCCAAGGUUUUUGCAGCUCACAGAGAGAAUAAUCAUCCUUUUUGUGGUGAUCACCAGUCAAGAGGAAGUCCAAGGGAAAUACGUGGUGUGUGUUUUAUUCAUCUUUUGGAAUCUAUUGGAUAUGGUUAGGUACACUUACAGCAUGUUAUCAGUCAUAGGAAUAUCCUAUGCUGUCUUGACAUGGCUGAGUCAAACACUAUGGAUGCCAAUUUAUCCUUUAUGUGUUCUCGCCGAAGCAUUUGCCAUCUAUCAAUCGCUGCCCUAUUUUGAAUCAUUUGGUACUUAUUCCACCGAGCUGCCCUUUGACUUAUCCAUCUAUUUCCCAUAUGUGCUGAAAAUAUAUCUCAUGAUGCUCUUUAUAGGAACCAGUGAGGCAGAAGUAUUGCCCCCAGGACAAUGUCGGAGGAGGACGACCCCUAUAUCACCAGGCAGAAGCUGUCAGGCCUGUUGAAAAACCACUGCAAUGACUGCCCCUUCUGAAACUGAGGAGGUACACCUGAUGUUCUCUGAAUCACCUUUCAAGGUCAGUCUUUCCUUGUCUUGAAGAAUAGUGUACAUUCACAGCUGAAUAGCUCUAUGCUCCCAAAUCCAACAGCCUUCCUUCAUUUUGUCCCAUCACCAUUUUAAUAAAACUGGCAGUGUUCCUGCUGGGAUGGCUGAUUAGGUCUGUGGUUCGCACCCACAGAAGUCUAAGUGGAUGAUUCGUCUGCUACACCGUUAGUGUUCUCUUCCAAACAAGUUUUAUCUUUUUGUAAUGCAGACAGACUGAUAAUUUCCCAAACCUUUAAGUUCUGGUUCCAUUUUGGUUAACAAGUGUGUCAUGUUUUAAUUUUUACUUUAAGCAGUCCAAGGCACUCUUUCAACACUGUUUGGAGAUCUCUUCAGUUCAAUAUCGAAUUUCAUGGCUCAACAUUGUAACUUCCACAAAACACUAGAACAUGAACACAAUCAUCCAAGUUCUUUGGCACAUUAUAACAAAGAUCACCUUUCUUUCAAUUUCCCAUAAGAGGUUCCUUAUUUUCAUUUGAGACGUCAUCAGCAUGGCCUUUAUUGUCUAUGUCUACCAACAUUCUAUUUUGUGGUGAUUUAUGUAUUCUCUAAGAAGAUGGAGGCUUUCUUUCCCACCCUAUUUUCUUUGAGCCCUCAUUAAAAUCAACUCUGUCAAUCCCUUCAUGGCAAUAUUGGCUUUUUCUAGCAUGUACCUCAAAACUCUUCCAGCUUCUAUCUGUUAC